CGAUCGGUUGCGAAGCCUAGACUCAAGACUCUCAUAAAAUCAUUUUUGACGGUGUAGCCUACGAAGCUUUUUGAAAGUUGAACCAGAUCAACAAAUCAGACAGCGAGCGAGAGAGAGAGAGAGAGAUGGAAGAGAAGAGUAGCUAUGACGAACAACUGUACAAGCCAUUCAAAUGGCUGAAUCGAAUGGUCUCGGAGCCGUACUACAUGUUCCAUUUCCUCGCUUUCUUCUCCUACAUCCCUAUUCGCUGCUCCGCUUCUCAAUUCCUCUCUCCUCAAUUCACCUCCCACCUUCUCCACCGAGAAAUUCAAGCACUUGUUGCAUUUUCUGUGUUGGCCGUUGUCAAGGUGGUAAAAAAAGAAACAUGGGAGGUCUUCAUCACAGAUACUCUGUUUUUUGCAAAGAUUUUCCUUGUCGCCAUUGCUUUAGUCGCAGAUUAUCACUUGGCUCUCUGGUAUACAAUGGUUUUUCUUGUUGUAUAUGUUUCAACUCAAGAACCUGCCUAUCAAGAUCUAGGUUCUUCAAAUCACUUAACACCACUGCAACUGGAAGCUUUGCUUACCGAAGGGAAUAUGUCAAGAUAUUGGCUGGUAGAAUUUCGUGCUUUGUCUGUGUCUACUUGUGUGUGCACCAGUUCGUGUUUCCCUGAACUGUCAAUUACAUACUCAAACAGAAAUUUAUCUUUUGGGAUAGUUGACCUUGGCCUCUUCCCAAAUGCUGCAGGGAAAUUUGGAAUCUCUCUUGGAAGCCUAAACCAACUCCCAACAUAUAUACUAUUUGAGAAUGCUGCAGAGGUUGCACGCUUUCCUGAGGCUGAUUUCGAAACAAAAGCAUCCAAAACUCCCAUAACAAAGAAACUUCUUUGCCGGCAUUUUGAGCUUGAUAGACUCCUCCUUGAAUAUGCGAAUGGUAAAUAGGUUUGAGGAGUUGAGUAUUUGCUGGGAUAAUUCUUUUGUGUUGGGAUAUUUUCUUAGGGCAGCAAGCAUGUCAUUUCGAUGCAGAGUUUCUUUUAUCUCUUCCUUGCGUUGAAGAUGGCUUUUCCUCGAAGAUCCAUUGAAACAACCUAAGUCGAGGACACUGAAAACAGCUGCAGAAUUUGUAUUUGGUCUAGAACUGACAUUGUCUAGGCACGUUUCCAAACUGCAGAAAAGUGUAGUUUAUUCUUAUCUUCGGUUGAAAUGUGCUUUUAUGAAGCCUCAUGUACAUCUUGAGAAGUGAACUUAGAAAGUCUUGGAGAAAAUUAGGCAGGUGAAGAAUCUCAGUCCAACGAGAGAUGUAUCGUCCGUAUUUCUUAUAUUGUAUGCGUUGUUUGUGCCGUGUAGCAUUUACUUGAAGUGUGGCUGUUUUCUAGUUUUACUAAGGUUGCCAUCUUAGAUUUUUUGUAGUUGUCUAAUGAGUCACCCAUUAGCUCCAUCACUCUUUCUUUCUUUCUG